AUGCAGGCUCAAUCACUUGGCUUGAGUGCAGACCUUGCUCACGAGUUGAUUGAAAAACAGCAUCAGGCUGAGAGGGGAGAGCGUGCUGCCGAGCGAGAGGUUAAGAGAAUGGAACUGGAGUAUGCUGAGGCUGAGAAGCGCCGAGCGCAUGAGCUUGAACUCGCUAAAAUCCAGUCAGGUCCUAAUGGUAAUCAUAACACUAAUGCUCAUAUGUUUGAAGGACUCAGACUGCCUACUUUUGCUGACGGCCAGGAUGACCUAGAUAGCUAUUUGCAGCGGUUUGAACGUCUGGCGGAGUUACACGGGUGGAAGGUUGAAGAUUACCAUGUUUACCUAGGUACUUGUUUACGGGGUCAGGCACUUAAAGUUUACAUAUCUUUGCCAGAUGACAUCAUUAGAGAUUAUUCUCGCUUAAAAGAGGCUUUGUUGAGGGCUUAUUCUGUAGAUGCUGAUUCUUAUCGCCGUAAGUUUCGAGAGAGCAGAUGUAAAGAUAAGGAGACGUAUGUCCAGUUGGUAAUUAAAAUGGAGCAGUACCUCGAUAGAUGGAUAACUAUGAGUAAUGUUGAGAAGAAAUACGAUAGCUUGUUUGAUUUUCUGGUCAGGGAACAAUUAUUAAGUAAUUGCAGUUCUGAUCUUCGUGUAUUUCUGAAGGAGAGAGGCUGUGAAACUGCGGUGGAAAUGGCAGAAGCCGCCGAUAGGUACCGUAGUGCACAUGCAUAUCGCAUAUGUAAAUUUUCAAGGUCAGUGUCUAAACAGUCUACAUAUGUUGAAAGCGAAAUUCAGUGUCACGGAUGUGGAAAGUCGGGUCAUAUCAGGACCAACUGCCCUAACAACCCUAAGAACUUUAAAACUAAGAGUGAAUCCAAGGUAAAUUUUGUAUUCCAGUCCGAAAUCAAACCUCAGAAUACAAUAAUUGACGCUAAUGGGAAGUUGUUUGAUAAGCCAGCAGAAAUAUUGCUAGACACGGGAUGUUCCUCCGUAAUUGUGAACGAAAAGUUAGUACCAUCUACAUUUAAAUUAGGUCCUGUAGUCAAAGUGUAUGAUUAUCUGGGCAUUCCUAAUUCAUUCCCUAAAGUAAGGUGUUUUAUUAAAAGCAAAAAAACUGAUCACAGGGUGGAUCAGUGCGGUUGCAGCCCCAAUCAAAUUUGCAGACGUACUAAUCGGACUCGUUCCAGGUGUGAAACUACCUGGGGAGCAAGACCCUCCUUUGCUCGAUUAUGA